CGCUAAAACGUGUACACAUAUUCGACGUCGAAGUCAGAAUGAGGUUGACAGAUGUAUUCGCAGUUGUCUGCAUCCUGCUGUACCAUGUUGCGACAAUUCAAGGUCUGAGAUUUAAACUGAAGAACGGUGUAACAAAAUGCAUCCAAGAUGAAGCUCAUAAGGACAUAAUUGUUCAUGGGGAAUAUGAAGUUACUUCUCAUAACCAAAUUUGUCAUAUCAAAGUCCGUGAUGCGAAAAAGCAUAUUCUGUACCAAAGGGAAAAUAUAAAGAAUGGAAAAUUCGCCUUUACUACAGAAAACUUUGAAAUAUUUGAAGUGUGCUUUGAAAGUCAACCAAGCAAUGAUGAACAGGAACAAGAAGUUUUCCUUACCAUUAAACAUGGUACUGCAGCCAAAGACUUUGAAAUGCUUGCCAAAGCAGAAAAGCUACAGCCAAUUGAAGUAGAGCUUAAGAAACUUGAAGGUUUGGCUGAUGAAAUUGUUCAAGAAUUUACUCUCAUGCAUGCUAAGAGUGGUGCAAUGCGAAACAUUAACGAAUCCACUCACAAAAGAGUUCUUUAUUUCUCAACACUUUCAAUGAUUAUCCUCAUUGGUUUCGCAUGUUGGCAAGUUUUGUAUUUGAGGCGUUAUUUCAAGUCCAAGAAGCUAAUUGAAUAAAGCAUGGGUCAAACGCUCAUCACUCUGUUGGCUCUUACUGUAUAUGCCUCACAGAUAUUCCCUUGUGGCUUUGUGAACGCCUAACACAUGACGAUUCUUGUACAAAUUUUUAUCUCAUAGACAUAAGAAUUCCUCUAUUGAGUGCUGGUUUUAUAUCUUACUUGGUAUCUGUAUGUAAAAUUUAUUGUUGUUUAGUUAGCAAUAUCGUGAUAAUUAGUCACAGUUAAUUAUUAUGUAUUGUUUUUUGACUUUCCUCAGUAAAUAUGUUUUUAAAAUACGGUGUUUUUCAAUACACCUUAAGUAUCACAGUCUAGUCCUACGUUCUGCCUCACUAUCGAAAUAGAUGACAACAAUCACUCAAUUAUAUGAAAAUCAC